GUUAGUCUGUGUAUCAACAUGGCAGAGGAAACUUUAGAAGAUAAGGAUUUGAUUACCUGUUCAAUCUGUCUGGACCUACUGAAGGAUCCAGUGACUACUGCCUGUGGACACAGUUACUGUAUGGGCUGUAUUAAGGACUUCUGGGAUCAGGAUGAUCUGAAACGUGUCUACAGCUGUCCCUUGUGCAUGGAAAUAUUCACCCCAAAACCUGUCCUGAAGAAAAACAUAUUACUGGCUGAAUUAGUGGAGAAACAGAAGAAGACAGGACUCAGAGCUUCUCCUCCUGGUCUCUGUUAUGCUGGACCUGGAGAUGUGGAGUGUGACGUCUGCACUGGGAGAAAACUCAAAGCAAUCAAGUCCUGUCUGGUAUGUCUAGCCUCUUACUGUAAGACUCACCUCCAGCCUCACUAUGAAUCCCCUGCCUUUAAGAAGCACAAAAAGAAGCUUGUCGAAGCCUCCACACAACUACAGGAGAAGAUCUUCCCUCAUCAUGACAGUCUACUGGAUGAUCACUGCUGUACUCAUCAACAGUGUAUCUUUCUGCUGUUCGUGAUGAAUGAACAUAAAGGCCAUGAUACAGUUGCAGCAGAAAGGAGAAAGAAACAGCAGCAGAGGAGACCCGGCCAUCGCCAUGCAACCCAGGUCAUGAGGCCACAACAUUUUCAGUACAUGCAACUGACCAUGAAGCCCACCUUCCAAGCUGCAGCGCCUUGCAUGUUUUGCACUCAGCACACGGCCGGUCAGACCAUGGGCCCCUGCAGAGCUGGCCUGACUGCAAUGCGACAAAAGCUGCUGCUAAGGGUCCUCCAACUAAGUUUCAGUUUAUUUAUUAGUAUUUUUUUGUUUGUUUGGUUGUUUUUACUGUGAAGAGUUGGAAUAGUAGAAUACAUAAGGCACCAUUUUGGAAUGUUGUAGUGUGCAGCAGUUUUCCUCGUUGUGUCAGUCACUGUCAGACCUACGUAAGCUAUUUACUAGGCCUACCUGUCAGAAAUGUCCAGUUGAUCAAUUCAGUGACAGAGGCAGGACAAGCAAGGCCCGUGUGCAAAAUAUUUAUCACGUGGGGGCCCAACCAAAUCUUGCCAGGGUCCCCCAAGAAGCUGGCCAGUGGAACAGAAGCAAAUGCUGGGUGAGAGCCUCUUCCCGCUCAACCAGAAUAUGCACUCCAGCCUGACUGGCUGGAAUGAUUAACAUGUUGCUGGAGAGUCUCCAGGGUCUCUCCAUGCCAAGUUGGAUGAAGCCAUGGCAGUGCUGCAGGCUUACUAGAGAUUAUGACCAACUCAUCUGGUGUUGAGCCACUGAAUUGGAACCUUGAAUCUCACUUGACUGAGGAAAAACAUAACAUUGAAAAAUAACUAAAACAUAAAACAAUGCAAGUAAAAUAAAACAAUAUUUUAAAGAAAAGAAAAGGAAAUGCCUUGAUUGAGCUUCGGCAAAAAAAGGAGGCAAAAAAAGGAAAAUGGUUAUAAAAUAAAAAAUCUAAAAAGUAUUGGAUUUUAAGAAUGAUGACAGAAAAUGAAAUUACUGAAGUAAUGCCUGGGAUAUCAAAACCAUGGCAUUGUUAAAUGCACAUUUACUUUGAUUUCAUAAAUACAAUUUUUUAAUAUAUUAUUUUGUAUAAAGUGGCGUUGAUGUAGGAUUAGGGGGCACUCCUCCCUGGUCUAUAAAGCCAGGGUGAAGUUGCCUCUAGACACUGGUCUAUGGUCAGUUGGUCAUUUGUCAGCAAAAGGCAGUAGGAUGACGUGUACCAUUGCACAGACCACAGACCCAGAGUAUACUGAGACCUAUUUAGUGAUCAAGAAAUUGUGAGCUUCUGCUGGUGGGCCUUUUCUAUAUCCAGGACAAGUUAAGGGCUGUGGUCGAAGUAUGGUUUAAGACUGAAUGUUAAAUUGUUUGGACUGUUGUUCUCUCUUCUUUCUCCCUCCCUCUCCCCACCCCCUCACAUAAACUAUGAAAAUGUAAUAUUAUUUAGACAAACUCUACCAUUUUAUUCAUUGUAUAUGAUAUGUCAUCAUUGUGUAAAA